AUGCUUAAAAAGAAGACGUUGGCUCCGUCCCUCUUCUUCCGGAACCAUACUCCUACAGCAACUCCCGAAUUGUCUCCCACCUCCUCAGACAGCGACUCCGAAGAGGAUAUGGAAUCGUCUGGCUCCCGGCCGGUCAGCCUGGCCAUCUCGUCGGGGGCCUUCUCCAUGCGUCCGACUCUCAACGAGGUGCUAGCCAACAUUGCUCCUCCCCCAUACACCUUGAGCGCCUUCAUGGCCUACCUCUCCCAGAACCAUUGCCUCGAAACAUUGGAAUUCACCAUGGAGGCCAACCGAUACCGUGAUUCCUACUACGCUCUGGCCGAACGAAUCGGUCCCGCCGCUAUGGAAUCUGAAUGCCCCGAAACCCAACACUUGCGAAUGCUCUGGAAACGCCUAUUGACUGCAUACAUUUUCCCGGGGUCACCCCGCGAGAUCAACCUGUCAAGCGAAGUCCGAGAUGCGCUCCUGCAGUACACGAAUGUGCCCGCGCCGCCCGUGCCCGAGACCUUAGAUUCCGCUGUGAAGCGCAUCCACGACUUGAUGGAGGAAUCCAUCUUCCUCCCCCUUCGUCAACAGCCACACCACCUCCCCUUCCAUGGCCUGGACGAGCACCCGAUGAAAAGAGUCCGGUCGCGCGUGUCGAAGCGCAUCUCCCCGCAGUCCUCCACCAAGGAUCUUUCCGCAACGGGUCACAACCGCUCAACUAUGUCCCUCGGCACCGUGCAUGCCAUCGGCAAACGCACUUCCGGUGCCCUGGUCAGCACUAGCGGCGAGUCAGCUUACCUAUCUCUGACCGAUGACUCUGCCUCCCCGCAGUCCAGUCCCACCGCCGAAGAGCCCAUGACACCGCCCACCACCCCGCCUGCCAGUGAGCCGCAUCUACCCAUCCACAGCCCCAGACUUCGCACCGAGAACCCUUGGAAGAAGAUGGGUAUGAAGCUGGGUUUCAAGAAGCGUUCCACUGGUGGCAGCAAUGGUAGCAGUCGCGAUCCUAAGAUUCUUGGUCUUGACGACUGA